GACGCCCAACUCGGACCCCGAGCCCGCGCCAUGGCGCUCCCCAGCCUCGCCUGCUGCCUGCUCGGCCUGCUGGCGCUCACCUCCGCCUGCUACAUCACCAACUGCCCCGUGGGCGGCAAGAGGGCGACCAUGGACUUCGACGUCCGCAAGUGUCUCCCCUGCGGCCCCGGGGGCAAGGGGCGCUGCUUCGGGCCCAGCAUCUGCUGCGGGGACGAGCUGGGCUGCUUCCUGGGCACGGCCGAGGCGCUGCGCUGCCAGGAGGAGACCUACCUGCCGUCGCCCUGCCAGUCGGGCCAGAAGCCGUGCGGGGACGAGGGCCGCUGCGCCGCCAACGGCAUCUGCUGCAGCCCCGAGAGCUGCGCCUACGAGCCCGCCUGCCGGGACGGCGUUGGCUUCCACCGCCGCGCGCGCUCCACGGAUAAGAGCAGGACCCAGCUGGACCGACCGACCGCGGCCUUGCUGCUGCGGCUGGUGCAGCUGGUGCGGGCACCUGACCCCGCCCCACCCGGUCUCCGCUGA